ACUGAAAUUUAAGAUGUUACACUUUAAAGGGAUUUAGUGCUUGUUAUUUUAUUGAUGAGCUAUUUUAAUUAGUCAAUUAUUUCAAUUACUUAUUUAUUUUAAAUCUAUCCAUUGUUUCAGAUUGUCAUGUUGAUGUUUUAUGAAUACGUCUAAAUUGACGUGCAAUAUUAAAUUUGUAUACAUAACUUAAGGAGUAAAUAAUUUUACGUUCAAAUAUAGUUUGGAGUAAAGUGUAUACAAAUACUGUGUACGAAAGGACUGUUUAUAGAAAUUAAAUAGCAGUUAGUUGAUCUUAAUGCUUCAUCGUGAUAUGUACAGGCAUAAUCCUAAAAGGCCAGUAAUUCAUGAUUGCCGGCUAAUCGACAUUAAAUGUGAACAACUGAAAGAACAAGUAAAUCAACAAUCGAAAGCUAUACGGGAAUUAAAAGAUUCAAGUGAUGAAGUAUUUUGGCUACAGCAUCAGGAGAUAAUGAAUUUAUCAAAAAAGGCAGAAGUUUGCAAACGUCAACAAAGUAAAAUGGUAAAAAUGUUGAAGGAAAAAGGACCAAACAAUUCAUAACCACAAGAAAAUGAUUGAUUCGUACGUAAAAAGAACUGAUGAAUAUAUAUCGGAUUUAAAAGCCAAAUUAUCAAUAGCUUUUACUGAAAAAUACCUCAUAGAGAUGAAACUGAAAGAUAAUUUUAACCUACAAAGGAAAACCAUUGAAAAUCUUGAGAAGAAUAUCACGACACGUGACAAACUGCUGUUUGAAAAAGAUGAACAAUUAUAUGCACAAGAAAGACAAAUAAAAAAAAUUACUAAACAAUUAGAAGACAUAAUGAAUGAAGAAUUGUCACAUCGUGGUAAAGUCAAUGCUAUCCAAUCCGAAUCAAAAGGCAAUACACACGAUAAGGACAUCGGCAAUCGUGAUGGAAGUAAAACGAAGGUCAUCAUAAAAGAAAGUGAUUUCGAUAAGGAAAAGAUUGAAAAAGAAUUAACGGAGCUUAAGACUAAGUUAGAAUUAACCUUAUCAAAGUUACAGGAGACAGAAACAGAGCUUGAGAACACAAAGACAAGACUCAGCAAAGCAAUGGGCGAUAAACUGACAGAUAAUAACCCAAACAUAGCUGACCUCAGUGACAAAAAUCGCCCAACCAAACUUGCGGAAAGAUAUGCCGAGCUGUAUGAUAAUCAUUGGACCGAUGCUUUUGAUGUUCUGCAAGCUUUCAACCAAGGAGAAGAAACAGUGAUUGAAAUAUUAAUCAACAUUUUAAAGAAUGUAAUGAUUUUCUGUCAAUCAAAAGCACUGGAGCAGAUUAAAACCCUGAAAAAAGUUCUUGCGUUCGCCAAUGAGCCAGUAAGUACAGGCGUUUUAACUUUAAGAACAUUUGAUGGAAUAAAACCUUUCAAAAUUAAAAGCGUAUUAAACCAGUGUUACAAUAUUUCUUUUGAAAGUUACAUACCCAAUGCAUCGUUACAGAUUUCAGAAGAUGUGUCGCCGGAUUUUUGGAAGGUAUUAAAAGAUGCUCGAAAGGCUCUGUCAGGGAUUUCUCUCGAAAAUCUCCACCAGAUGUUCAUAUCAAACGGUCAAGGUUCUACAAAUGAUACAAUAAAGUCAGCGUUAAAAGUCGGCAAAUUUACCAGGGAAUGUAUUGAGAUUUGCUGGUACAUGGCGGUACAGGAUCCACCUGUGACCUUGGGACCAAUUUCUGAUAAAGGCUCGGUUUUCAAUGCAGACAUGUACAAGGCAUACACAGUUUCCGGGACACAUGUAGACUUUGUCGUCUGGCCACCGCUUCUUUUACAUGAGCAUGGACCGAUCUUAGCAAAAGGUGUAGCUCAAGGCUAUGUCAGAAAGCCAUAGAUUUUUGAUACUAUCACUUGAACAAAACUAUCUCUCAACCAAAGUGAUCAAUUUUAUAAUUUACACAUAAAAGUUAUGUUGCACAACAACGGAACGUUUAAUAAAGUGACAAACACUUACAUUUGUUUUGUCAAAGUUCCAAACUUACAACCUCAUUUUGACGAUUUAAUAACAGCUAAAUGUUCAAUUUUAAACAACAAUAGCAGCCUAAUUUGAUAAGUGAAUUUUGUAUUCUAGGAAAUUCAUCUCUAUACAAAUGUGGAUUUUUUUAAAUAUCGGAACAUAAAGCAUAUGACAUAAGCCUUUGUUUCAAGAAAUAUCAUCGUGAUUUUACUCUAAUUUCUGUUUAAUGAACUGUCAACGUUAACCUAGUUCCGUGAUUUAUGUUUUUAACAAUUCUGUUUUUUAAUCCAAUAAAAACAAUUAAGUUGAACACUACUAAAUAUAUAUUUUUUUACAUUUUCCUUUAUGUCAUUGAUUCUAUUAUCAAUGUUAAACAGGAAAAUCAAAUUUUGGUUAAUAUACGUAUUGCUUGUGUUUUGGAAGUAUGUUUUUAAGGCCCAAAGAAUAAUUUAGUAUACUGUUAUAUGACAUGAAAAUACAUGAAAACUUUGUUGCUUUGCUCUAUGAAACAGCAAAAAAAAAUGCUUUGAGUUGCAAUAAAAAAAUUAAUGAUCUUCCUAUUUCU